AAAACAAGAUGCUAAACCAGAAUCCCCAGUUGUAUAAAAGCAGACUCAGAGAGUCAGUGAACAUUUCCAGCUUUCAGCAGCCUGAAGUGCUUCACUGAGGAGAACCAGGACUCAACAUCCCUGCUGUCAAAGAUGGCGAUGUGCAACUCUAACACGAGGAGACACACUGACAACAAAAAUAUUUACCCUGUGACCGAAAAAUUGCGGUCCAGACGCAUCGCCCUCCUGAUCAGUAAUAUAAAUUUUAUUGAUCAAAGAUUAACCAGACAUAAUGCUAAUAAAGAUGAGGAGGCCAUGGUCAACCUGCUCCAAACUCUGGGAUAUGAGGUGGAACGAUAUCGGAACUUGAGUGCACAGAAGAUCGACGAAGCUCUGAAAACCUUCUCCAGACAUCCAAAACUUGCUUUCACAGACAGCGUGUUUGUGGUUCUCAUGUCUCAUGGAGGCCUGAGAUCUUUGUGGGGCUCUGAUUGUAACAAGCUUGACAUCAACACGAUUUAUGAGCGCUUAAGCACAAAGAGCUGUCCUGCACUGAAGGACAAACCAAAGGUCAUCAUCAUUCAGGCCUCCAGAGGAGUAUAUGUACAAGGAAGAACAAAUCCGGACAUGGAUUUAGUUGGACAUCAAAAACUAACACCAGGUGCUCAGGUACCCAUCGACAGGGAUUUCAUCAGUUUGCAUUGCACCGCACCUCACAUCAGUACAUACAGACAUCUGUCAUUCAGCUCCUUCUUCAUCCAAAACUUCUUUGAGGUGUUCACCGGUGUGGGUCGUACGUGUCAUAUUGAUGAACUGUUCAAAAAAGUCAUUGAACGCUUCUAUUGUGCUGGUGCUGAGAGGAAGAUGCCAAUCAUGGAGAGAUGCACUCUGAUGAAGUACUUCUACCCAUUUGCAGGAAUGCAGCCGCUGUCUGCAGGACAGGAGCUUCUGAGCAUGAAGGCAGCCUCUCACAGGGUGGAGCCCGCUGUAGUCCGAUGGGAUAUUUUAGAGCUGAGGAAGUAUUCCUCUCGUCUCAUGAUCGAUGCGAACACGGUCAACAGGAAACUCAAAGUGUCCGACAGCAGCAGGAAGGUGACGUAUGUGACGGCGGUUCAGCCAUAUCCCGAUCAUCCCGACAGAUUUGACCGUCCUCAGCUGCUGUGCCUCAAUGCUGUGACUGCUCGCUGCUACUGGGAGGUCCAGUGGACUGGAGAGGUUUCCAUAGCAGUGAGUUACAAAGGAAUAACAAGGAAAGGAGAAGGAAAUAAGACUCUGUUUGGGUGGAAUAAUCAGUCCUGGAGUCUGUACUGCUCUGAUAAAUACACUGCCUGGCACGAUGGCAAAGAAACAGCCCUCUCCCACACCUGCUAUGACUCCUGUAAAGUAGGAGUGUAUGUGGACUGCCACGCUGGCACUCUGUCCUUCUUUAGCGUGUCCUCUAACACUCUGACCCACCUCCACACCUUCAAGACCAAGUUCGCUGGGCCUGUUUAUCCUGGAUUCAGAGUCUUCACCGCCUCCAAGUUGCAUCUGUGAAGAGCGUUCUCCUGUUGGAGGAACCCUCUGACUGUAGAACAGGUGUCGUCUCUGUGACUCACUUUCUCUGAGCUGCACAUUAACGGUGGAGGGAAUUUUCUCCCUUUCUCCUCAGUUUCAGUUUUCAGUUUCAGCACACGAUCCUAAAGCAGAGAUCGCCUCUGUAUGAUGUUUUUCUGAUACUAUAAAUUGAGCUUUAUGAACAGAAUCAGCAAACCUCAGAGGUGCAGGCGGUAAAGUUGAUAACCACCUUCAUGUGACCUCUGACCCUGAUUGCUGGGACCCUGGGAACAGGGGCAUCGUCUCUGUGUGCUCUGGUUUCUCGGGCGCUCCUGUGAUGCUGUGAUUGUUGCAGUGUUGUGUUUUGCAUCCUGCGGUACUCUGACAUGUGUCGGCUUUAUGAGUGUGUUUGGGUGGUUCGGUGUAUUCAUGGUUAGAUUGUUGCUAGGUUUUUGGAUUGGUUUUGUUUUUCAGUGUAUCGGUGUUUGGGUUGUAUAUAUUCCCACAGUUGUAAUUGAGGGUAAAGUUUGAGUUGAAUGUGUACCUGUAGUUCCUCAAUUUGACCACCUGAUGACGGUAAAUCCUUUGUGACUCCGUCCCAUCGGCCUGAUUGAAAGUGAGGCUUCAUGUUUGCAGACCUGAAGUUUGACUGGAGGACACAGAGAGGAUAAAUCUGUACUAAA